UAUAGAUCACAACUUUGCUUCUUAGUGGGCAUUUCUUUUUUUCAUUGGUUUCUCAUUCCCAUUUCAGUUCUCCAAAUGGCGAACCAACACAUCGGUUCGGUUCACUCUCAGCGACCCGACUCAUUUGGCCGGUUCGGCCGGUUUGGUGGCAAGUACGUCCCUGAAACCCUCAUUUCCGCCCUCGCUGAACUCGAAUCCGCAUUCAACUCCGUCGCUUCCGACGAACAUUUUCAGAAGGAGCUCGCGGAGAUUCUGCGAGACUACGUGGGUCGCGAGAGCCCCCUUUACUUCGCGGAGAGGCUCACGCGCCACUACGCGCGUGACGGCGAAGGGCCUGAGGUGUAUCUGAAGAGGGAGGACCUGAACCACACAGGCGCUCACAAGAUCAAUAAUGCUGUUGCUCAGGCUUUGCUGGCGAAGAGGUUGGGGAAGAAAAGGGUCAUUGCCGAGACUGGUGCAGGGCAGCAUGGGGUGGCCACUGCUACUGUGUGUGCGAGGUUUGGGUUGGAGUGUGUGGUAUAUAUGGGAGCAAGGGAUAUGGAGAGACAGGCUCUAAAUGUGUUCAGAAUGCAGCUUCUUGGUGCUGAGGUUAGAGAAGUUCAUUCAGGAACUGCUACACUGAAGGAUGCUACAUCAGAAGCUAUAAGGGAUUGGGUGACCAAUGUGGAGACAACACAUUAUAUUUUAGGUUCUGUUGCAGGGCCACAUCCCUAUCCAAUGAUGGUAAGAGAGUUUCAAGCGGUGAUUGGUAAAGAAACAAGAAAGCAAGCAUUGGAAAAGUGGGGUGGGAAGCCAGAUAUUCUGGUAGCAUGUGUUGGCGGUGGUUCAAACGCUAUGGGACUUUUCCAUGAAUUUAUCGAUGAUGAAGAUGUUAGACUGAUUGGUGUGGAGGCUGCAGGGUUAGGCCUAGAAAGUGGUAAGCAUGCAGCUACAUUAACAAAAGGAGAAAUUGGGGUUUUGCAUGGAGCUAUGAGCUAUCUUUUGCAGGAUGACGAUGGGCAAAUAAUUGAGCCUCACUCUAUCAGUGCAGGGUUGGACUACCCUGGAGUUGGACCAGAGCAUAGUUUCUUGAAAGAUGUAGGGCGUGCUGAAUACUAUAGUGUUACUGAUGAAGAAGCACUGGAAGCCUUUAAGAGAUUAUCUCGGCUGGAAGGUAUUAUUCCAGCUUUGGAGACAUCUCAUGCUCUUGCAUAUUUAGAGAAACUCUGCCCUACCCUUCCAAGUGGAACUAAGGUUGUGGUUAACUGCAGUGGCAGAGGGGAUAAGGAUGUUCAAACUGCUCUGAAGUACUUCAAUGUUUGAAAGUAGGGAUCAUGUUCUGCUAGACAUGAUUGAGUCUACUGCAUAGCUCAACAACUUCUUGAGUGGAUUUCUUUCUUGUUGAGAUUGUUCUGAAGGGUUUGAGGUCAAUUUCUUGUGAAGGAAGUGAUUUGUGAAAACAAUUGAUAUGGGGAUAUUUCACUGUGAAAGUAGCCAACAUGUGAUUUAGAAAUUUUGAAAAUGUUACAAGGAACUAAGGGAUGUUGUUGUUGUAUAUUUGUUACAAAAGAAAAAAGGAAGAAAAAUGAGUUCCAGUCAUGUAGAAAAAGUAUGCAUGAUAGAUGAA